CCGCUUCCUGCCGCUAUAAAUAUCCGCCCGGCCCAACAUGUCCCGGCCGCCGCAGCGGCUGGAGCGCUGGCGGGAGCUGCCCGCCCUCCCCUCCAGCCGUCGAGCCCGCCGGAGCGCGGAAUGUGCAACCUGGGAAAUAUUGUGAUCUAAUUAACUUCAGCAAGUGUAUUCUGGACUGACUUUGCCAGGACUCCUAUUCUGUGCAAGCAUUUCUCCUGCUGGUGACAAGUUUUCUUAGGAAAACCAGACAAACCUCAGACUUCCACCAUGCCUGUGCCUCCUCCUCCAGCUCCCCCUCCACCCCCAACGCUUGCCUUGGCAAAUACUGAAAAGCCAUCCCUAAGCAGAUCAGAACAAGCAGGGCGAAAUGCUCUAUUAUCUGAUAUUACCAAAGGAAAAAAGCUAAAGAAGACAGUUACUAAUGACAGAAGUGCUCCCAUUCUAGAUAAACCCAAAGGACCUGGUGGAGGUGGUGGAGGUGGCUUUGGAGGAGGUGGUGGUGGCAGCAGUGGUGGGAGUUUUGGUGGUGGUGGUGGUGGUGGUGGUGGCGGCAGCUUUGGUGGUGGGGGACCACCUGGCCUUGGGGGCCUUUUUCAAGCAGGAAUGCCAAAGCUCAGAUCUACUGCGAGUCGAGAUGCUGAUGCCGGUGCCCCUCGCCCGCCCGCCCUGCCGCCCGGAGGCCGCUCCGCAGCCCCCAAACCCUUCUCUCCACCGACCGGCCCGCCGCGUUUCCCGGGGCCGCCCUCGGGCCCGCGGACCGCUGCUCCAGAGCCGCAGAGAAGCCGCAUGCCGCCUCCGAGACCCGACGUCGGCUCCAGACCCGAGGCCGUGCCGCCCCCCGUGCCCAGCACCCCUCGGCCCAUCGCCUCCAGCCUCCACAACAGGGGCUCGCCGCCGGUGCCGGGCCUGACCCGGCAGCUCAGCCUGGGGCCGUCGCCCCCGCCGUUCCCGGGCAACCGGAGCGCCGGGCCCCUCCGGCAGCCCGGCCCCAGCGUGUCUCCCGUCUUCUCCGGCCGCCCGCCCCUGCCUCCCACCCCGGGCCGCCCGGCAGAGGACAAGCCGCCGCCCCCGCCGCCACCAGCCGCGCACCGACCGCCCGCCGCCCGGGAGGCGUCUCUGCCCCCGGUGCAGAACAGCAAGCCGCCCGUGCCCUCCGCCCCUCGGCCCUCCCUGGGCGCCCCGGCGCCCCCGCUGCCCCCAGGCAGGCCGGGGCCGCCCCCCAUCCCGCCCGUCCCCGGCGGGACCGACGAGAUGCCGCGGCUGCCCCAGAGGAACACCUCGCUGGGGUCCCCGACGGCGCCGGCAGCGGGGGGGGGCCGUUCCGGACCCCUGCCCCCUCCGCCCAACGAGAGGCCCCCGCCUCCCGUCAGAGACCCCCCCAGCCGCUCAGGCCCCCUUCCACCACCUCCUCCCAUAAGCAGAAAUGGAAGCACUUCAAGGGCUUUGCCUGCUACUCCCCAGCUGCCCUCCCGGCCAGGGAUGGACAAUCAGAGAAGUGGACCACGACCACCACUUCCCCCUGACCGUCCGGGCUCAGCGGCACCACCGCCACCACCACCACCUUUGUCAGCUCUCAGAAACGGCUUCCAGGAUCCAGCUGAUGAUGAGUGGGAAAGCAGAUUUUCUUUUCAUCCUAUAUCUGAUCUGCCACCUCCAGAGCCAUAUGUACCCAUGAACAGAAGUUAUCCCAGUAAACUAGCAAGAAAUGAAAGUAGAGGUGGUUCUGGACGAAAAGAAAGAGGUGCUCCCCCCCUUCCACCUGUACCAAGGUGAAAUGGGUUCUGGCCCAUCUUUGGGCAGCGUCUGUUUUCAAGUUUCCUUCAAGUCACCUCUCUUGUUCACAUCAUUGGAAAGUUGUCUGCUUUGCUUUAUUUCCACUUUUGGCUUGUCAGCUAGAACAAACUUUAGUCUCUGUUACAGAAGUAAUAGAUACAGUUUAUGAACUAUAGUUGCUCAGAGCUAUACAUUUCAUUUGCUUCUACUGCAGGCUGUCAUGAAAGGCAUUUUGUGGACCAUACACAGCAAACAUGCAUCAUGGGUACUGUGUCCAGCCCUGUUCCCUGGAGACCUCCACAGGAGGUCUGGCUUUGAAUUUAACAAGAACUGUAACAAAGCUGUUUCGUUCACUUUGGGUACAGUGGCUGUAUUAUUUGAAAGAUUAAGUACGAUCUAUUUUCUGUUUAAAAAACAGUUACUGGGGAAAACCGAGAGUCCCCUGGAUCCUUCUUUGCAUGCCUAAUUUGACCCAUCUGCUUCUGCAAGCCAUAGACCCACCACAUGGUGAUGAAGAGUUCAUUCUAAGCCUUUUCACUUCAGCUUAGCGAAGCAAAUCUUAUUUUAAACAAUAGAUAGAAUAUCUUGUCCCAAGGAUGGAGUGUGUCUGGCCUUGUUUUUAACUGUGGAGAAUCUUACAAAGAAAAGCACAAGUGAAGAAUUCAGCAGCAUAAAAGUAUCUUCUCUUUUUACCCCUCUUCCUUUUUUUUUUUUUUUUUUUUAAUACCAUUAUGCAUGUAGUACCUAAUUCUUCCCUACUCUGAUGCAGACCGACCCAGUCAUCAGUGUUCUGGGUUAUUGCAAUGCUUUCCACCUGAGACUGUUUGCCAAGACUUAUCAAAAAGUAGUCUUGGUGCAAAUGCAGCAAUUACUGUUGUUGCAAGCUCUUCUUGUGAAGCAUCACAAACACCAGUGCUCUCCAGACUGCUUUCCAGUUAUCUCUUUGGUACAAUAAAAUGACAGGUUUUGACUUAAAAAACUUUCUGAGGUUUACGUCCCAAGUCUCAGUGAAUUUGACUUGAUUUGCAGGGGAGAAGAUGAGGUAAAAAAUGAGUGUAUGUGAAAGCCCUUUGUUGUAGUGAAGGAGGUCUGAGGUUUGUGUGGUACAGUGGGAGCAGCAUCUCCAAAAUUUGCGUUCCACUGGUUCAAGAGAAAUGGGAAGAUUUGGCCUUCUGAGUUUAUCAUGAAGUCUGCCCUUUCAAACGUUGCUGAAAGGAGUCUCUGCAGAGAGCUACAAGGCUUACAUUAAUAGAAGAGAGAGUAUUCUAACAUUGUGACAAUUGAUUAAUAUGUUUAAUGGCUUUUUAAUUUUUGUUUGUGAGGAAAGUUUAUUGUAUGAGUGCAUUUUACAAAUUUAUCUAAUUGCAUGCAAAAUGUUGUUGGAAAUUAGAGGAAGAUUAUAAUUCUGGAUAUGAAAUAUUGCUGAAUGAUAGCCCCUUGUUGAUUGAACUUUUGAAGGUAGCUCAAAGAUUUCUCAUCUAUCUCCUCAAUGGUUUCUGUUUCUUUAAAGCAAUCCUUGGGAUCCCUACCAAGCCUGUAUCAACACCAUUGCUUGGAAAGAAAAAAAAAAAAAAGUCAUGUAGGUUAAGAAAAUGUUUCUCUAGCAUGAGAGACAUGAUCCUAAGUACACUCUGCGGCUACAGUGAGGUCAGUCCUUUAAUAUUGAGGGAAUUUAGCCGGAGAGUCUGGACCCCCUGAAGUGUCUGUUCAUAGGGCUUUUUGUGCUGUCAGUGGGUGUGGAAGGGCAGAUCCCUUUCUGCCUGACAGCUGAGGCAGUCAGCACAAAGGGGACAAGACAGAGUUAGGUUUGGCCAGAUCACGUUUAAUUUGGCCUUUUCAGUGUUUGUUUACAAAAUCUCGUUUGCUGUGAUAGCAUUUGAUUUUGUACCUGUUUUUUACAUUUUUAUAUCUUCUAACCUAUUUUAAGUUACUAGUUAUGGUCUUGAACCUGCAGUUAAAUGCGCAGGCGCAGGGAUGUAUCUGCAUCCAAUUGCAGGGUCGUGGCUGUAAGAGUUUCUUAAACAGAUAUUAGUGGGACCUCCGUGUGACAGGUGCACCUUGGGAUCAAACCUAGCACAAUACCGAAUUUUUAUAUGUAUUUUAUGGAUGUCACUUAAACAUAUGCACUAUACAAAGUGCCUCUCUCUUUGAGAUAUUAUUAUGUGAAUAAAAGUCCAAAUAAAAUUUUUAGGAUAAUAACUUAAAAGAUAAAUUAUUGUAUUCAGGUUAUUAAACUGAAGCACUUAAACCUUUCUAAAGAACAACAUUUUUAAUUUAAGAAUACAAUAUUUCCAAUACCUUAACCUGCCAAAUUCUUAUUAAUAUCCAAAUAGCUAUGCAGCCAAAAAACAAAACAAAAAAACCACCUUCAGAAACUGUACCUUUUUUGUAACCUACUUCUGGCAUGACUGUUUUCCUUUGAGAAAGUCAAUUAAAAUGCUGCACGUUGUUCUGCUUACUCUCCGUAUUGUUCAAAAUAUUAGUACAGUUGAACUUCUGAGCAGAGUUUUCUGACCAGAAAUUCUGGACCACUACCAAAGACUUGGCAAACCAGCUUCAAUCUCACUUUGAAAUGUGCUGUGUAAAAGGCCCUAAGUUAAGAAGACAAGAAACCUAAACUGCUUGGAUUUAGCACUUCUUUGUACUAGAAAGAGAAACCUCUUCAGAAUGGAUGUUCAGCAUAGAUGUAAAAUAGCUUAAGAAUGCAGAAUGAGGUAUUUUUUCACCUAACAACUAUACUAUUUAUAUCUUUUGCUAUAAAACUCCCUAGAUAUAUUCCAGAACAGUGCAGCGUUUUAUCAUUCAAUUUAUUGCUUCAUAUAUCAGUAGCUAAUUACCAGUAUGAUCAGUAUUAUCAUAGUAUUUAUUUCACUAUGAAAUGUUAAAAAGAAGAAUGUAAAACAUUUUGAAUCAGUGUUGCCUUAUGACUUUUUUCAGUCCACUUUUCUGUGUCUCACUAGAAAAACUAAUAGGUGUUGUUCUUCAAAGUCCUGGUGUAAAUAGUGCCCGCUGUAGCAUUCUGUGGUGUUGGAGCCACAACCUGCUGUUACAAUGUGCUUGGUCUGCUAACUACAGGUUGAGCUCAGUGCAUGGAGACUGUUGGAGCAGUCUUCAGGUGAGAUGUGGGUGGCUCUGGUUAACCUCACAAUCAGUUGUUGAUAUUGUUCUGGAAAUUUAACCCUUUCCCCAAACCAGUGUCUCACACUGUUGGCCAUUCAGCCCAGCUGACUUCAGCAUGGUUGCAUAGGUUAUUAGAGGACUAAAUGAGUUCACUGCUUGCAUUUAAGAUUUAGUGGGUUUGUUUUAAUUAGCAUUGUUAUAAACCUUCACACCUCAAAUUAUCUUUUUGUGUCAUGACUAAGACUCACAUUGCGUGACAACAGCCACGAAUGUUCAUUUUUGUUUAAUUGAAGUCAGUAAAUAAAAUGGGAAUGACUUUUGUAUUAUGCGACAGUAAUUUCUGCUGAGUAUUUUUGCAAGAAGAGCACAUGUUAUAUCUGAUCUGACUUUCUGAAUCAGACAUCAGGAGAAGAGAUCACAGUGGUUAAUGUUCAGAAUUGUUAAAGGAAAUGCAGCUUGUGACAGAGGAAACAUCUAUUUCUGUAAAUCAGCUACUUCUUAAAUAAGGUUGCAAAGUUCUUGUUUAGAAGCCAGCAUUUCCCAACACUAAAAUAAACUUAAGAACUAUUUUUUUCUACAAGACUGAACUAUUAAACAUAUUCCUUAAAUUGUCUCUUAAAAAACUGGAUGGUAGUUUCCUCUUGCAGCGACAGCUGUUUCCAUGUCCCUUGUAGGUCUGUGUUGGAGCAGAGAGUGAGGGAACUCAGCUGCUAUCAUAUGCUUCACAUAUAUUGUGACACAACAAUUUUCUAUGCAAAAGUAUGCAAAUAGAAAGGAUACUUUUUGCCUUGGAAGCAAAGAAUGGAGUUGAAUUAUCAAAGAGAGUUUAUUUCAAGCCAAAUGUCAAGAGACUUAGAGUCUCCUUGAGAGACCUUGAGACUCCCCUCAGCCACAGGAUGCUGGAAAGGAGAAGAGUGCUCAUGAAAAUACAAACCAAUUGGUUGAAUGUUGCUCUCAAUAGUAGAGUACAAAUCACAAUAUAAAAUGUGCAUGUAUGUCAUACCAUAGCACAUCAGUGUGAUCACCACUGCCUCACCGUCAGGUUUGAACGACCUGUUCUAGCGGUGCAUUGACUCUGUAUGACAUAUUGCAUGAACUUUAAUUUUUCAAGCAGUAUUCACCAGGAAAUAAGGAGAAUAACACAUCUGAUAACACAUUAUAUGUAGGUAUUUCAUGGUUCUUCAAGUACUUUAGGAGAAAAUUGGGAUCUUUUGGCCUCCAGGGUGGAAGUGUCAGGACCAUUCAGUUAAAAUGUAAACCUGGACCACUGGCACAAAAUGGAGCAUUAGAAUUAUUCAACUGAAUCAGGGCACACGUAUAUCUUCUCAGUCAAUGAGUGUGCAGCAGGUAGGUAACCAGGCUAAGCAUGUCUUAAAAAAGGGAGUAAUCCUUCAGUGUGUUGACAGUUUUGAAAUAGUUUGCUGGUGAUAAAUGUUCCGUAGUGUGAACAAAGGAAUGAGUGCAUUGCUCUAAAAGUGGACCUCCAGAAGCACACAAGACUAGGAAAGAGAAAAAAACCAAAAACCUAACAAACAUUGUCUAGUCAGGAAGUAACAUGUUUUUAUCAGAUGCUUAACAUUUGAGCUUUUUAUAAAAUAUUCUAGUUCUGUGAUUAUUUUUCUGUUUAACACUUUUUUUGUAAGUAAGAUUUUGUUCUCCU